AUGAAGAAGUUUGCAGAUCGUAAGCGGCGUCCCACGGACUAUAGAGUUGGGGACAUGGUCAUGGUGAAGUUUAAUCCAAGACAGUUUAAGGCACUACGGGGCAUGCAUCAGAAUCUGAUUCGCAACAAAACACUAGUUUCCGUUUCAAAUGCCAGAAUAUUUCGUGCUAAUGUUAUUGUAAUUGCAUUUGAACACGUGAAGAGCUCAUUGUUCUCCAAUGAUGAUAGGAUUCUUGAGAAAAAUGACCAAACCCCAGUCACUAUUGCAGAUUUCGGCGUGCAGGCUUUGGUUAGCUUGGAGAUGAACAGACUCUUCCCUUCCAUUCCUUUGGUGGCUGAAGAGGAUUCAUCAUUCUUGCGGUCAACUAAUCUAGUCGGAUCAGUGGUUGAUGUGGUUGUGAAUAAAGCAACUCUCAGAGACGAAGUAACAGAAGAUAGUGUCUUGAAAGCAAUUGACAGAGGGGGAAAGGAUGCCUGUACUUUUGGGCCAAAGCAAGCCACAUACUGGGUACUAGAUCCCAUUGAUGGGACACGAGGGUUUGUUAAAGGUGUUGAAGCUCUCUAUGUGGUGGCUUUGGCUCUUGUGGUUGAAGGACAGAUUGUCUUAGGAGUUAUGGGGUGCCCUAACUGGGAUGAAGACUAUUUUGUUAAUCGUGCCACCGGGGUCCAAGAAACUGGAAGCAAUUUCUCCAGAUCAGGGAUGAUCAUGGUUUCUCAUUUGGGUUGUGGAACAUGGAAACAAAGGUUGUCAGACAUGUUAACCAUCAAGUUGCCUCAAAGUUGGACAAGAUGCUAUGUCGAUGGGUGCCAAGUACUUAAGGAGGCACGUUUUUGUACUCCAGAGAGUCAAAAAUGGGAAUCUUUGCCUCUAUCAUCCUCAUUUAAUGCAAAAACAAACUCCGAAAAAAUAGAGAAAGGGGACAUCCUUCUUGUGCCUGCAUGCUGUGGAAGUUUGUGCAAAUAUAUGAUGGUGGCUUCAGGUAGAGCAUCUGUUUUUAUUCUCCGUGCAACAACCAGAACAGUUAUGAAGAAAAUCUAUGGCUAUGCCCCUGCUUGGGACCAUGCUGUUGGAAUCAUAUGUGUUCAUGAAGCUGGGGGAAUGGUGACUGACUGGGAAGGAAGUUCAAUUGAUUUUGCAGCAGAUCAAAUUGAGCGGAGAACUAUAUUUCCUUCUGGUGGUUUUCUCGUGAGUAAUUGUAGCUUACAUAACGAGAUACUUGGAUUGAUCUCCUCCAACUCACCAAUUAUUUGAUGGAAUUCAGCAUUCUUGUCAUUCAUAGCUGACAUAGCGAGAUGGUCUGACUAAUCUCUUCCGAUCCAUCAAAUUGAUUGAUUGCACUGGGCAUUCUUGUGACAAAUUAUACCCAAGUAUUAAUCAUUGUCAGUAUAUUGACUUUGUUUAUUAGCAUACUUGCAUUCUUUGGGCCUCAAGUGGCUCACUUCAACAUAAAAUCCUUCAAGUAGUGAAUCUUCAUAAAGAAUGAUUCAUUAUUACUUCACACUGAAUAGGUAACACUGCCGAAGUGCAUUAUCAUUAAUUCUUUCAUCGGAAGCUGUUGCAACACAAGGAAACGUUACACGCUUAUUGUUGUAAUUCAAACAACUUGGUGAUUGAAACAGACUGCAUUGUUAUCUGUCCAUGCAAUCGUAUGGAGUCACUGUUUUUGCACUUGAUUCA